UGCGCAGUGGGCCGCGCGGCGCCAUGCCGGAACCCCGGGCAGUGUCUCCUCUGCGCGUGAACAAGGCGUUCGCCGCGCGCUACAGCCGCUACCGGGAGCGCGAGGAGCUGCAGCGGCUGAAGGACCGCUAUGGGGACCCGGACAGCGACUCCAGCUCCGAGUCCGACUCCAGCGAUGAGCGCGUGGAAUUUGACCCGCAGCAGGAGCGUGACUUUUACCGCACUCUCUCCUUGCUGAAGAAGAAGGACCCUCGCAUCUACCAGCAGGAUGCCACCUUCUAUCAGAAGACAGCCUCGACCUCAGAGAGCGAGGAGGAAGAAAAGCCAGCCACUGCGCAGAGCCGGAAGAAGGUCCGGCCCAUGUUCCUGAAGGACUAUGAGAGGAAGGUCAUCUUAGAGAAAGAAGGCAAAUACGUCGAUGAGGACAAUUCGGAUGGGGAGCCCUCCAGACAGCAGUUUUCGUCACAAAGUUACGUGGAGGAACAGAAACAGCUCAAGGACAGCUUCCGGCCAUUUGUGGAGGACAGUGACGAUGAGGACAGCGCCGGGGAAGGGGGCUCCGGCUUGCUGCAGAAACGAGCCAAGACCCGGGAGGAAAAAGCCCAGGAGGACGCUGACUACGUGAACUGGCUCAAGGGGCAGAAGGAGACGGAUGCUUCCCCCGGCCUGGAAGAGCUUACCCACCUCAAGGAGUAUUGGAACAACCCAGAGCUGGAUGAGGGGGAGCGAUUCCUGCGGGAUUACAUCCUCAACAAAGGCUAUGAGGAGGAAGAAGAGGAAGAGGAGGAAGAGGAAGAGGAAGGGGUCCCUGGCGCCCCUGUGCAGCUGGCUGUGGAGGACUCCUCAGACGAGGGGGAGCUGUUCCUUAGGAAGCAGGAGGACUUUGAGCACAAGUACAACUUCCGCUUCGAGGAGCCAGACUCCGCGUCGGUCAAGACCUACCCCCGGAGCAUCGCGUCCUCCGUGCGCCGCAAGGAUGAGCGCAGGAAGGAGCGGAGGGAGGAGACCCGGGAGCGGAAGAAGAGGGAGAAGGCCAAGAAGCGGGAGGAGCUGAAGCAGCUGAAGAACCUGAAGCGGAAGGAGAUCGCGGCCAAGCUGGAGCGGCUGCGGCAGGUCACGGGCAACGCCUCGCUCGGCCUGGACGCGCGGGACCUGGAGGCCGACUUCGACCCCGCCAGCCAUGACCGGCUCAUGCAGAAGUGUUUCGGGGACGAGUACUACAGCACCGUUGAGGAGAAGCCGCAGUUUGAGGAAGAGGAAGGCCUGGAGGAUGACUGGAACUGGGACACGUGGGCGGGGCCCGGGGAGCAGCAGGAGCCACACUGUGAGGACCCCGACUUCAACAUGGACGCCGACUACGACCCCAGCCAGCCCCGGAGGAAGCAGUACACGGCCCCCGAGACGGGCAAGAAGAAGCGGAAAUCGCCCUUCGCAGCCGCCGUGGAGCAGGACAAGCCGCUGUUCCAGCCUGGCGACGGGUCCUUUGAGCAGUACCUGGACGAGUACUACCGGCUGGACUACGAGGACAUCAUCGAUGACCUGCCCUGUCGCUUCAAGUACCGCGCCGUGGUGCCCUGUGACUUCGGGCUCAGUACUGAGGAGAUCCUAGCGGCGGAUGACAAGGAGCUGAACCGUUGGUGUUCUCUGAAGAAGACCUGCAUGUACAGGUCGGAGCAGGAGGAGCUGCAGGACAAGCGCGCCUACAUGCAAAAGGCGCAGAACUCCAGGAAGAAGCAGCAGAUCUUCAAGUCGCUCUGGGAGGGGACAGAGUCACCCACGGAAGCCACGGACAAGCCACAGAAAGACACAUCUGGCCUGCAGGGGCAGUUGCCCGCACCCGAUGGGGUUGGCUGCAAGCGGCCACCCCCAGAGAUACCCCCAGUGCGGGAAGACCCAGCCCCCCAGAGGCGCAGGAAGGCGAAGAAGGCGCGGUUGCUGGGCCCCACGGUGACUCUUGGUGGCCACGAGUUCAGCCGUCAGAGGCUGCAGGCCUUUGGCUUGAACCCCAAAAGACUGCACUUCCGCCAGCUGGGCCGCCGGCGCCGGAAGCAGCAGCAAUCUGCCAACGGCCCCUGAGGGGACUUGUCUGGAACCCCUCAUCAGAACCCAGCCCCCACCCCCCCCCAACCCUGGCAGCCAG